AAGGCAGGCUGGGCUGCAAAACCAACAAAAGGGCCUCACUCCUACUCCCUGGGGCUCAUGAAUCAUCAGGCCUUUGGGGGAGUGCCAGAGUCAUCAUGACACAGCAAGAAUCUUAUCGCCCUAAGAGGGGAGGCAGCCCAGAAACACCCUGAGGAGAGGGAGGGCUGAGGUUGCCAGAUCAUGCCGUGCACAGGCCCAUCACUGGGAUGGGACCUGAGCACCGAUCGAGCUCACGGCCCUCGUGGUCCAGGUGGGGAAACCGAGGCCCAGAGAGGCGAGGGAGACGUGCUGAGGACCAUGCAGUGAGCCAAUCUUGCCCGAGGGGGCUCCCAGUCCUGUUUUCUUUCUCUCGCCCCGAUUGCUCUCUCCGUCCACUGUGGGGGGAAAGCGGCUCCGGCCUGGGAGAGGACACAUGCGAUCUGCCAGGCCCCAGGUUCCUCUCCCAAUGCUGGUCUAUGAGGAGAAACUGAGCUCUUUCAUUCCAGAGCUCUCUGGACUGGGACAACCCUGACGUGUUGGAUGAGCAGGCCCCCUUGGAAGAGUCCACUGUGUGAGAUGGUGCAGCCUAGCGGCGGCCCGGCAGGGGACCAGGACGUGCUGGGUGAAGAGUCUUCUCUGGGGAAGCCAGCCAUGCUCCACCUGCCUUCAGAGCAGGCUGCUCCUGAGACCUUCCAGCGCUGUCUGGAGGAGAAUCAAGAGCUCCGAGAUGCCAUCCGCCAGAGCAACCAGAUGCUGCGGGAACGCUGUGAGGAGCUGCAGCGUUUCCAGGGCAGCCAGAGGGAGGAGAAGGCCUUCCUCAUGCAGAAGUUCCAGGAGGCCCGGGACCUGGUGGAGAGGCUGAGCCUGGAGAAGCGGGAGCUGGACCGGCAGAGGGAGCAGGCCCUGCAGGAGGUGGAGCGCCUCAAGACAUGCCAGCAGCAGAUGGCCGAGGACAAGGCCUCAGUGAAAGCCCAGGUGACGUCCUUGCUGGGGGAGCUGCAGGAGAGCCAGAGCCGCUUGGAGGCCGCCACCAAGGAGCGGCAGGCUUUGGAGGGCAGGGUCCGGGCCGCCAGCGAGCAGGCCCGGCAGCUGGAGAACGAGCGCGAGGCGCUGCAGCAGCAGCACAGCGUGCAGGUGGACCAGCUGCGCCUGCAGAACCAGAGCAUGGACGCCGCCCUGCGCAUGGAGCGCCAGGCUGCCUCGGAGGAGAAGAGGAAGCUGGCCCAGCUGCAGGUGGCCUAUCACCAGCUCUUCCAAGAGUAUGACAGCCACAUCAAGAGCAGCAUGGGAUUGCAGCUGGAAGAUCUCAAGCAGCAGCUCAAGCAGGCCGAGGAGGCCCUGGUGGCUAAACAGGAGCUGAUCGACAAACUGAAGGAAGAGGCUGAGCAACACAAGACUGUGAUGGAGACGGUUCCGGUGCUGAAAGCCCAGGCGGAUAUCUACAAGGCGGAUUUCCAGGCUGAGAGGCAGGCCCGGGAGAAGCUGGCUGAGAAGAAGGAGUUCCUGCAGGCGCAGCUGGAGCAGCUGCAGAGGGAGCACAACAGGCUGAAGACCAGCUGUCAGGAGUCGGCCAGGAUCGAGGACAUGAGGAAGCGGCAUGUAGAGGUCUCCCAGGCCCCCUUAGCCCCUGCCCCAGCUCAUCACUCCUUUCACAUGGCCCUGACCAGCCAGAGGAGAAGCCCCCCUGAAGAGCCGCCCAACUUCUGCUGCCCCAAGUGCCAGUAUCAGGCUCCUGACAUGGACACCCUGCAGAUACACGUCAUGGAGUGCAUCGAGUAGGGCUGCCUGCCGACACCCAGCCCAGGACAGUGCAAUCUGUUGCUUUCCUCUCCUGUCUGCCUGGUCCUGAAUUAGGGGCUGGGUGACAGAGGGUGGGCCCCUUCUCUGAGCCCCGAGACCUAGCCGCAGGGCCUUACGUCCCCGUCCGCUGGUUCACCUCUUUUAGGGCACACAGAGCCCCAGAUAGGUGCGAUGCUCUGCUUUUUCUGUUCGUUCUGUCUGCUUGAGUCCGGGGUUCGCUCUUCUUUCACCUGUGCUGGGGAAGCCAAGAGCCCAGGCCAGGGCUCCCAGACAACUGAUUCCCAGGCUGAGACGGGCAGGACCCUUCGUCCCGGCCGCCUGGCACAGUGCGGUGCUGCUCUCAUGGGCCGUGUGCUGUUCCAUUGGCGGCUGCACCACUGUGGAUCGAACUUGUCUGCUGCUAGCGGACGUUUGCGUUGUUACUGGUCUUUUUACUGUCAUAAACAACACCACGCUGAAAAUC